AUGUAGUUAUAUAAGAAGAAGAAGCUAAGAGGUAGUGUCAUGUUGAAAGCUAAGCUAGAAAUUGAAUGAAUUAAAGAUAGAUGGAUAUGAAAGAAGUGAUGUUGUGUUGCUUCAUGCUCUUCCUCUAUUCAUGCACUUCUGCAACCUCUUCUCUAAAUAGCAUAUCCUGUUCUGCUUCAGUUGAUAUGCAGGCAAGGAUGGAAAACAAAGUAGGAAGUGAAGGCCAAGCCAACAACAAUAAUUACAACAGUACAAUUAGAAGAAGCAUAGGAGAGGAGAUGAAGAAUGGGCAUGGAGGAGUGGGUGGCGGCCAAGGUGGCUCGGCCGGCGGCUACGGCGGAGAUAAUGGGUCACACCAGCCGGGGUCUUCAAACGUUAUACCCAUCUACGCCGCCAAUUCCCACCACAAUCCCCAUCACGGAAAAGGAUCAGCCUCCACCAUCACCAAACUAUGCCCAUGGGUUCAAGCUCUAUUUGCAACUCUUUUGCUACUGUUUCUUGGAUCCGGGUUUAGCCCAGUUGUCCGAAUUUGAAUUUUCACACUGUUUCCUUUUGUUAAUGUAGCCCUUUGAUUGUAUGGCAAUUAGCAAUAAUACACAGGGUGUAUGAAUGUAUAAUGGAUCUAGGUAUAUGAAUGUAUAAUGGAUCUGGGUACAUUUGGAAGAACAAUUAAAGUAACGUAGCAGUGGAGCGGCUUAUCAGGACAUUUGAGUCAAAGUAUGAAUAUUUAGAGUUUAUUAACGAAAUAGUCCGUCGACUAUUGCGAAAUUACCAAUUUAGUCCUCGACAAU